AUGCCCAGAAAGCACCCGUCUCAAUUGAAUUGUCCGCAAAGAUCUCAUCCGCGUUUUAGUGCCGAUGACGCAGAGGAGCGGACACGGGAGCACCAACGCCAAAAUCGAGCCCGUCGAAGAGCAGUGAAGACAUCGAACGACGCGCUGGUUACUCCUGUGGAGGAUGAGCGUUGGGCUGAGUCCCCUCACGUACUUUCGGAAGAGGAAGGCCCAGAGCAUCCCAAUGAGCGCGAAAUUAUCGCCUCCGACUUGGACCACGCGAGACGUGUGAGAUUUGCCCAUGACAAAUAUGAAGAUCCUCAGGUCACCCAUCGCCGUCGUCUUGAUGCUAUCCGAGCCAAAAAGUACCGAAAUCGCCGCAAGAAUGAGCAAUGCGUUGGUGCUAACACCAGCACGCGGUACACGCCUGCCAUUGGCCCUCCUUGCGCCGAACCUGCCUGUACAGAUCAGGUGAUUGAAGCAGCCCCAUCCUUAUCGCCGGCCCCACCGUCACCUCUACUUGAGGCUGUGAUGGAGAGUGGACUACGUGACGAUGUCAAUGACUCGGCCUGUGGCAUGGCCGCCAGUCCCGGGGACGAGACUCUCGCUAAUGAAACCAGUGAGGAUGACAUUGAGUAUGAUCGGCAUCACCAAGACGACCCGGUUGAGUUGGGCUUGGCCGAUGACGAAGGGUGUGAGACCGUCCCUCAGAUUCCAGAGUGGUAUGUCGAAGACCCGCCACAUCUUGUCCAUAACAACAGCUCGUCUACUGAUCUGGAAUAUGCGACGGAGAAGCUUGCUCAGCAAUUUUUGGUGGGGAUCCAUGGAUGUAGCGCUCAGAAGCAUCGGGAAUCUCUUGCAGCCCACAUCGAAGGUGAGGAAAGUUGCAAUCAUCAUAAGUUGGAUCAGCUCUUCCAUCACGCAAUCCCUCGCACACUGGAUAAGUCACAGCUCUUCCCACGGCAAGCUCUCCAGGAGGAGACGCCCCUUGGUCCUGACCAAUGGAGGGAGAUAUUCUCGGGAACAACACCCCAGUACCGAGAUGGCAAGCCGAAGCAGGUCUGCCUUCAUGCCGAACGGAGCCAGAAGAUGCCAUCGAUGACCUCCUUUGACGUAGACAGCAUCUUGGGCUUUGUGGACUCCCCGGCGGUAGCGGUGCAUGGGAUCCGGUUCUAUUCGGCCCCGCAAUAUUACCAAAAUAUUCACAGCGAUGUCCACAUCACCAUCAAACGGGAGGCUGGUAGUCAUCAGCGGCCCCGGCUGCUCACAUCCCGAUUGAAAGACGUGCCACAUUUCCUCUUUGCACGAGUUGAGGGCGCCGAUUUUCUCACUCUUCAUAUAUUCUUUCCCCACCUGCCGCACCACUGCGACUUUACGAGGUUAACUGACGAGCAAUUCUCGCGGUGGUUUGAUCAGAUCUUCUACCCUGCCCUCCGCCAGGUCUGUGCUGUCGAUAACCUUAUGCAUGUUCUCGCUGUACAAACCAAAAGUAUAAGAAUCAACUAA